AUGAGCUACAGAUCCUUCCACUUCCUAGUGAGCGGGCGAGUACAAGGGGUCUACUUCCGAGCAUUCUCCAAAGGCAUUGCGCAUGAUACUGGAGUGGUUGGAUGGAUUCGAAACGACGAGAGAGGUAAUGUUGAGGGUGUGGCUCAGGGAUCGGAGUCGGCAUUAGACAGAUUCAAAAAGGCACUCUGGACGGGUCCACCGCAUGCAAAGGUCGCAAACGUGGAGAUCUCGAACGAGGGUAUACUGGAUGGUCUGGAGUACGAUGUCUUCGAGGUCCGCGAUAUCCUCCACCGCGCACUCGUCUAUUCUCUCGCCGGGCUGAGCGUCUGGGGGAUCGUCAUGAUGGGCGUAGUGCACCGGGAUACUCUGCAGAGGGGAAAAGGCAAUGUCGGCGAUCUAUUAACAGUUCAUGCUACCAAUAGGCUCUGGCAGCGCAAGAAGCAACGCAGCUUAAGGAAAACGAGACAGUCGACCGUAAACAUGACUUAUCAGGAGCAAGCGAAUGAGCAGGCCCUCGCCGAGGCUGCUCAAGCUGCACUACAGCGCAGUGGGAAGUCAUGGUAG